AUGAUCCAUGAUCCAACACAGCCAGACAAACCUGGAUCAUUGAUUGUUGCAAGCAGGAAGACCAGCUUUCUUCUCUCAUUUCCCCUCGCUGCUCAGCUGGAGCCUGUGUCACCUAGCACACCUCGCGGUUCUCCUAUUGAGACCGACCCAGACCUUCCUAGUCUUACCUCCACUUCCACUGGAUCUCUUAACCUUAGCUCCGAGCAGCUCGGUAUCCUGACACCGCCAGGCUCUCGGUCCCGGACGCUAUACCCGGACCCCCUCGACCCCGGACGAGUCCCUGACAAUGACUCGAUGAUUCUGAAUUCAAACUUCGCAUUACUAUGCGUACGGCUGUGCUGA